AUGUCAGGCAACGGAUUUCCAUCGUGGAUUGGCUACAGACUACGAUUAGCACCUCCAUAUUCCAAGCGAACCGUUGAGGUGGGAGAUGUUGGAUAUAUGAAUCAGUGCGGCAAUUUCGUAUUUGUAUUCAAUCUUUUUCUCCCGAGCAACGAUCCUUUGAACCAGUUGUUCCCAAAGGAGCUGCCGGAGGGCUACUUUCCACUGGAUCCUCCCACCAACAACGAGAUUUUAAGAAUACCUGAUUAUUUUGCACCAGGAUCUGUUAUUGCAAGUAAUGGUGUGGAUGUCACUCGGGUCUCCGAGUCUCCCCUUCAUCUCAAAUUCAGGUCUUCGGAGCCAGAAGCAGCCGUACUCAUUUUGCCAGAUGGCGCUAGCAGAGAAGACUUGGAGAUAUCUCGCCUACAGGAAUACCUAAAAUCGCAUGCUGAAAGUUGGAUACAAUACUUUAACGAGGGAAAACUGCCGUAUUGUAUUCCUAACGGUGAUAUCUAUAUCAUCACAGGAUGCGAUAAAGCGCCUUCGUUUUCCACAGCAAUCUUUCCUCGCAGAGGCUUCCUAGGGAGCAGGCGCACAUCUUUUGAAUUCUCAAAUAAUUACAUGCAACCUGGAACUCAGUCAGGCGUCCACUCUUAUGAGAGGAUCCGCGACGGGCCUGAUGAUCAACAAUAUUGUUUGUUUAUACGUGGAAUCAGGCUAGCAUCUUCCGACUUUGAGUGGAACAUGCAAGUCAACCACUUCCUCCCGGAAGAUACCCCCGUUUCUUCAUUGCCUUCAACCCCACCUAUAUCAGACCACAUAAACCCUCCAAAAACAGACAACGAAGAACCUCUUUACCAUGAAACUGUUGUCAAUAACCAAGGACUGGGUCACACUACCAACAGGGACGGCAGCGACUGCAGUACCGAUAACGAUAAUAAUGAAGGUAGCAGUAAAAGUGAUGAUAGCGACAGUUCCUCGGAUGACGAACAUGAGGUUCGAGUGCGUAAUUAUCCAUUCCAUCCAUCAGAUCUCAUUCUUCAGAUCAUGCUUUCUAGGCAUCCAGAUGCUAAGCUGGCUCUGGUUGAUGAUUAUAUAUGGUCACGAUUUGCAAAAGUUGAUCAGAAUGUCGGACUUCGUGAGCUCUCCAGGGCACCGUUAAUUUCUAGAUGUAUGCAAAAUAGCUUUAUUUCUGAUUGGGGCGCUAUGAUAGAAGCCAUCUUCAAGUCCUACAUCAUUGUCGAAACUGACGGUGUGUUGCCUGCGCCUUCUUAUAUGCUCUGA